AUGGCUCAUCACUUCAAGUCAGACUUUCAAUUUGAUAUGGACAACUGCUUCAGUUACACUCAGUCCAUAUCAUACCCUUACACUUCAAGUUUUUCAUCUGCAUCCUCUUCUUACGACCCUUUCACUUCGACAUCUCGGUUUUCAUCUCCCUAUGAGUUGUCAGCUUUGGAACCUGACGGAUCCCACACCAUCUCUCACGGCGUUGAUGCAGCUCCUCGCUCGACUGUGGGCGAUUUUAUGCUUGACCCUUUCGUUGAUUUCCCCGAGGUUCCCCCAAACACACCUAUGAAGCAGGAACUCGUGGGGUUGCACUACAGAGAGGUAGACAUGGAACACAGCCGCUCUAUGAGUUGUAUAACGCCAUCGAGCCCUGAUUUUCCAAUUUCUCCUGGGGCUGCCAUUGGCACUACCUCCUUCAUGAUGACGCCCACGCAGAUGUCUUCGGGUUUUGAGGCAACUGAGAUCUAUUCACCCUGGUCCUGCGCAAGCGACAGCUCAAUCUCCUACCCACAGAGCAACGGCGAGGUUUUCAACAUCGACCACCGUUCAGAGUCUCCUUAUUAUGCCCACAACUCCUCUCAUGUCCACGAGUCGGCUUCGCCAAGGCAAAUUCGACCUCGACAAAUGGUGGUGGACGAGAUUCAGCGCAAGACGGUCGAGCUUCAGGAUGUUCAAACCCGAAGGCCCAGGAAACGAUCCGUCAAGGCUGAGUCGGCCCCUGCGGCGGAUCCCGUCUGGAGCAGCUGUGACUAUCCAGGUUGCAACAAGGGGUUCAGGCGUAAAGAACACCUCAAGAGACACAAGCAAUCCUAUCACGGCGAAGGCCCCAACCGUUUCUCAUGCGAGUUCUGCGGUAGAGGCCAAUUCAACCGGAGAGACAACCUCAACAACCACCGUAGGCUUCACACGCGGCACAACAGCCGCAACCGAGGCGUUGAGUUCGUUCCUGAUGCAGUCAUGAUUAUUGAGCAAGAAAAGCUCAGACGAACACCCACGAGGCGAAGGAAACAGGGAGCGAUUGGAGGAACUAGCCACCGUGAAAUACCAACGCAGUAA